AUGUCAGACAUCCUCCGCAGAGCAUCCGACGCGUUCCAUAAUCGCCAGCGUCAAGACUCGACCGGCUCAAUGGAUGCACCGACGUCUCCCGACGCAGCAAAGCCUCCCGUGCAAGAGCCAAUGAAUCAAAAGCCCCAGUCUGCUCAGCCUGACUCCCAUGCCAAGGAUCCUGUUGCUACAUCAGCUAAUGGUGUUGAACAUCCGAAGCAUCGCCGCCAUUGGGGCUGGGGAUACCACGGGAAAAGCCCCGAAGCAAAGCAGCAACCGCAAUCUAGCCAAGAGCAGAGAGAUAAUGACUGGAUUUUUGGAACUUAA